AGUCCUCGAGACGCGCCUUGCAGUUCGCGACGCCACAGCGUUUUAUUUCGCCCACGCGGGCUCUUCUUUCUCGCCAAAGCGGCCUGCGACGACCUCUAAUGCAGUCCUGGCAGACCAUGGAAGCAGCCAACAAGGCGAGCAACGGCAAGAGGCGCAAAAGCUCCUGGACCAGUGAAAAAGAAACACGACUCAUCGGGUUGUACCAGAACUACCGGCUCUUGUGGGAUCACCGUCAUCCGGACUACUACAAGAGGGACCAACGCGAGCGUGCCAUGAGGGCCAUCGCCGAUGGCAUGGGUAACGAGUUUGACGUGGUGAACGUGAAGGACAAGAUCAAGACACUGCGCGACUACUUCGUGAAGGAGAUGAAGAAGGAAGAGGGCUCGCGCACGUCGUCGUGCUCCUACAUAUCCCGAUGGGAACACUUCAAGUGCUGGGAGUUCCUGCGCGGCACCAUCAGUGUCGACACAAGCUCACAGCCGGCCGGUGCCGCCGACAUGUCAUAUCCGGAGGUGAAACGCGAGGCUCCAGACGUGUACCCGGCGUCACCCAGCUACAGCGGCGAGAACUACAUGAUCCUGCCUUCGACGCCUGACUCUGCGUCAGAUGAGGAGUGCUUGGGUAGCCCUAGGAAGCGGUCCAUGCGUCUUCACCAUCCAACCAGCAAUGGAUCGCCGCUCAAGCACUUCGCCCUCGGGUCCGAAAUUACGGGGCCUUCGCUGACGAAGGAGCCUGUUCCUUCGUUUAUGAACGGCUUCCGAGCGGCGUCACAGUGCCCUCUGCCGACCAACAGACUGCAUCUGUUGACAGUCCCCGAGUGCACACCACCACGACAAAACAACCACGUCAACUUCUCAGGUGGCAGUGGUGGCCAGUUGUACGAAACCCCGACGUCACCGUUGAGCGUCACCGGCGCUUGCACCGGCGCUUGCACCAGCGCUUCCACCAGCGUGGAGACUGUAAACCACGCUGGGCCAAGCACGAGCGGAAUCAACGUUGCACACUUGGAUGGCAACGACUGUGAGGCCCUGUUCUGCCAGCAGAUUGCCUCCGAGCUACGUGAGAUGGCAAAGUACCAGAGAGAUCUGGCAAAAGUGCGCAUCCAGCAGGUGUUGUUCGACGUCAAGUACAUGAGUCAGGCGCACGUUGUCGGCACCUCUGAAGAUCUCCCGCCGAUUCAGCCGACGAAUGUCGCGGUCGUAUCGCAACUCGGCCAAAAAGCGGCAAGCAUCCCGACGGCCGUCUCUGCCCCGUACUCAAGAGAAGACGCGCUCUUUGCCUAAGGACCCCGGCAUCCUGCCUUUGAGAAGGCGGUCCCUAGCGUGUGAUGGGGGUCACAAAAGAAGUUCGGAAAGAAGACGCAGACACUGUGUGCAGUGCAGGAUUACUUUUUUAUGUGUGUAUGUUUGUAUGUGCAGUGAGAUAGGUAAUGUCUUUAUUUUUUUUUAUCAAUGAGGUUAGAAUGAGGUUUUUUUAUCAAUGAGGUUACACGCAAGUAAUAAAGAAAA